AUGAACAACGCCACGUAUUGUGACAAGGUGAGCUCCUCCUCUUUCCCUCCUCUUUCCCUCCUCUUUCCCUCCUCUUUCCCUCCUCUUUCCCUCCUCUUUCCCUCCUCCUUCCCUCCUCCUUCCCUCCUUCUCUCCUCUUUCCCUCCUCCUUCCCUCCUCUUUCCCUCCUCCUUCCCUCCUCUUUCCCUCCUCUUCCCUCUAUUUCUCUCCUCUUCCCACACCCAACCACGCGCACACACAUUCUCGUUCUCCUACUUUUCUCUCUCCGUCCCACAACCCAGCCACACACCCGCGCACAGGGGUGGGGGGGGGGGCUACAUUGUGGGCGGGUACAUUGUGAUUCACGUGGAGGACCUGAGGCGUCUGGCGCCCAUCUGGAGCGCCAAGAGCGAGGAGGUGCGGGCAGAUGUGGAGCACUACACCAUCAACGCCACGGGGGACGUGCACGGGCAGCGGUGGAUCAGCGAGAUGUAUGGCUACUCCUUUGGGUCCUCCGAUGUGAGUCGCACCCUUUGA